AUGCAGAACCCGGUUUCCAUUGAGACGGCCGUCGUGCACCCCGUUACAUAUCGCUGGACAAGCGGUAGCCAACCCACCAUCAAAGCUCGUUGCAAUCUCAGUGUGACGUGCUCUCAGAAAGACUUUCGUCGUCGACGGAUGUCCUGGGACGGAGUUGCUGCUCACGGCGAGUUCAAUGAUGACUGUGACAUCACCCAACGCCAUCGCACGACCAGAUCAUGCGCGUCAGCAGCCUCGCCUACCCGAGUUCGGUUUAUUUACGAGGACGAAGACGCCAAGGCUCGAGUGUGUGGGAAUGUGCAACAACUACUUAACGUCGUCCAGGACGACCCUGGUGCGAAAUCCAUUAACGCGCAGGUAGCGCGUAAAGCACUCAAGUACCGCUGCAUCAUGGGGAGGCUGGACAACGUGAACGUGGAAGACCCAGACUUCGACGCGUCUGCGUUUUUCGGCAUCGAGUGGCGCCACGUGGAUGCACCCUGA